AUGUGGCCACUCGUUUUGGGGCUCGUUUCAUCUUGGCUGGACCCCGAACGCCCCUGGCAACUGAGGGAGGGUGGCCUCUUGCUUCUCGGCUGCUUGAAGUUGCAAUGCGGCGACUUGUACCAGACGCUCGACGAAAAGGUCACCACGUUUCACCUCGAAUUCAUUGAGCGCUGCUUGUCCGAUCCACAGCCUGACGUGAAAGUGGCGAGCUGCGUGGCGCUCAAGAGUCACCAAGAGCUGGUACUGCAACGCCCGGACCUCGUGUCAAAGCUGCUGUCGCUCUUGGCGCCGUCCAGCAGCCCGUCCGAGCAAACGUGCCGGGCCGUGAAUGACCUGCUGAUCGCAGCCGGCGAUCUCGCGUGCCUCGGUCCAGAGCUCGAGGCCGCAGCCAUUCGCGCGCUGGUCCUCUUGAUCCGCCGUCCUCCAACCAGGCAUGCGUUCACGAUCGCCCUUGUUCCAGUGCGAAUCUGGGGCCAGGCGCGAUGCGCUCAGGCGCAAGUGGAACCGAACCACCUCGAGCUCCUUGACUGGCUGCUGGAGGCACUCGUAGCGCCCCCGGAUGACGUCAUCCACGAAGGCGAGCUGUGUGUUCUCGUGAAGAGCCUCCACUCGCUGGCGAACCCCGAGGUGAACACUCGGUCGCCGCUACUCAAGCAACUCGCCGCGUGCCUUCCCGGCGUGGUGGAGGCUUGCCUGGAUCGACUAAUUCCGGGUCACAUCGCGGCCCUGGCACAGUACCAGUGCACUGGCUUCAGUGUGGAUCCCAAUAUCUUUCAGUCCGCACCUCUGUUCGCCUGCAUAGGCCUUCUGGCGACACACUAUCCCACUCAACUCCGCCCAUGGCUCAAGGACCUGUCGACCACCCUGGCGCAGCACUUCGGCCGCUUCGUCUGGGACUUUGCCUACGGCCAGCUGCAGCUCGUGGGCCUGCACUACGCCGACCACCUCGGGGCCGACCUCCUCCAGCUGCUGCCCCACGUGCGCGUUCAGGUCAACUGGACGCCCCACGACGACCUGGCCGCCUGCACCCAGGGUAUGGCCAACAUGAUGGCCGCCCUGGUGCGCCGACACGCCGACAUCGUCACUUCGGCCGCCGACCGGGUCAAGAUGGUGCGCGCCCUGGUGGCCUGGCUUUUCCAGGCCGAGCGAGCGCCGAGCGGAGACAGCGCGCCCGACCGCGAGCUGCGAGACAAGGUGGGCGCUGCCCUUGACGCGCUGCUGGGCGAUGGUGAAGGGUCCACUGAAACGCUCGAGCUGUGGCGCGAGAUCAACAAGUAUGAUGGUCGCGCCCAGUGGCUGCCGCUGGAAGUUGCGACGGUGCAGGAAAACCUCGCAGAGGUCAUCAGGGCAGAGCGGCUGCUUCCGCCGGAACACCCGUUCUUCGCCCUCCAGCCCCAGGCCAACACCACAGCCGACGCCGCCACACCAAUGGACCAGGACGAUGGCUGGAGUGUUUACAAGCAGCCCGGCGCCAAUUGGAGAAGGUGA